AUGUCUUCCGAAACCGACGCAGCCCUAUCGAAUACCGCCAGAAUCACGAUUUCGGGUCUUUCUUCCUGUAAUGGCAAGACGUCCUUAUAUUACCCUCAAAGUCAAAAAGGUGUGAUAAUUAUGCCAAGCUCUUCAGAAGUUCAUUCAAUUUUCCCUGUGAAGAAGGGUCUCGUGGAAAUUCGAUUGAAUACAGAGUCGGGUGUUUUAUACUCACUUUCUCUUAAAGGCGAUAAGGAUACUCAGAUCGUUGAUGGCACAACAUUUCAAGUUGAUUGGACAAACGAUGGCGAAAAUGGUAAGGAUAGUACAGAUGUGGUCACGCCUUCAGUCGGAAUUCUUACCAAUCAACGAACAUCAAAUGUACCUUCCGGUCCUUCAUCCUUAUCUAAAAGGAGGGAGAUGUAUGAUACGGGCUUGAGCAUCGACAGACCUUCUAAACGCCCCAAUCUAUCCAGUAAUAUCAGUGAUUCCCGUAACAGAUGA